AUUAGCACCAUUUAGUUUUCUGCUUGAUGUUAACGUUUUAUUAACGUUAAGUUUUUAAUUUUAUUUGGCGAAAUAAAACUUUCAAACUUACUGUUUGAACUUUUUACAUGUUUUGAAAACAAAAGCAUGCCACGAUUACCUGUGCAUUUAGCUUCUGGAUGUGGAUUUGCAAUAAAAAGUAGACCAAAGUCCAUAAGAUUAGUUCGUUAUGGUUGUACCAACCGACCAUUCUAUCACAUCGUUGUAAUGGAUUCUUUUAUCAAAGGAGGGUUUUUCAUCCAAUCACUAAAAAAUUCAUUAAUAAAUUUUUCUACUCCAGCUACGUUACUCAUUGACUUGUAGAUAAUGAUAGCUAUAGCCGUGAAGCUUAAAAUGUGAGCUUGUACUGCUCUUGAGAAUGCAUGACCCGCAAGCAUUUUUUUAACGGAUUCUGGAGCAUAUACUACGGACCACAUUUCUUCGAGUCCACUUCCGUCCAUGAUAUAACCAAUUGCUCCUAAAAAUGACAUUAGCAAAUGGAAACCUCCUAAACGAAUCACAUCUUUCAAUUCACCAUUUUCCGACUGUGCAACAAUACAGCGAGCUUUCCAAUAUAAAGACAAAAUCGAAUCAAAAGAAACCGCCAAUAGAACAACUUGGAAGUUUUGACGAAUGCCAAAAUAUUUUUAACGAAAAGCUUGUAACAGUUAACUAUGAACGGAUACAAUACUGGAUUGGACAAGGAGCAUCGGUUUCUCGACCACUUUUGGAAAUACUAGGAAUUUCUGGGUUAUUACCUAUCCAUCCAAGAACAUAUAUAACUGCUUGGCGAAAAAGAUAGAUUUAAUAAAAUGUAACCUUUAAAAAUGAAUAAAUAAAAAAUUAAACUGUUUUUGGAGAUAAAACUGUGUUACAGAAUGAUGAACAUUCACAAGUGCAAUUAUUUCUGUAAUAAUAAUUCAGGUCAAGUUGCUCUUUAAUAAUGUCCCAAUGUUCGAACUUAUAUAAGCAAUAAAUACAUAGACAGCGAAAA